AUGAGUGAAGAAUGUCUCCGCGGUCCGAUGAUUAAUUCACAUGUGGAUAUUCCACUUCAACACUAUGUUUUUCCUGGCCAAAUGAUCUCCCUCUUCAUCAUGGCUUACUACGCUAUCAAGGAUCUCAUCUGUCGACGUUACAAUAUAAUUGCACAACGAACAAUAAUUUUACUUGGAGUGGCUGAUUUCUGUCUUCUUCUCACAAUGCUUCCACAGUCUCUCGUAACCUUUGAGUUCUUUUAUGAGAAUGAAAGCUGUCGAAGAUUCAUGCACUACUCAAAAAUCUUCAUAAAUGCCUGGUCGAAUGUUUUUUCUGCGAUCGAAGUUUAUCUGACAGUUGCCAUUUGCGCAGAAUGUUAUUUGAGAGCUCGAUGUUCUUCUCUUGUAAAGUACUUCACCCCUGGAUGGUAUGGCAAUGUGUUUUUGGCUGUUGUCGUAUCCUGGUCAUUCCUAAUUUCAUCCUAUCAUUUUGUGCUUUAUGAGCUGAUGACAGCAUUCCGUUGCAAUGGAACGAAAUUGGUCUCCAAGCUAAUUCUGAGCGAAUAUUUCUCCACUGAUGUUGUUCGAUUCCUGAACAUAAACCAAGCCGUGACAGUAAUCCUGGUGCCAUGUCUGAUCGUUGCUUACUGUAAUUAUAAGCUGACUAAGCUUGUAGAAAGUGAAAAGCUUCCAUUAAUUAACAACGAAUGUCAAGAACUGUUCAGUAAUCAGGAGAAUAUGUCAAGCCAGCGACAGCAAAUUACAUGGAACCUCAAGCUGAUCAACGUGUUCUUUAUCCUUUCCCAUAUUCUCUCCUUUGUUCCAUUCCUAUACGACAUAUUUCCAUCAUUGCAUGGAUCAGAGUUUUUCCCGGGCAUUAUAACCAUCAUGAACUCUAGUCUAGUCAGUGGAAAACUAUUUACACUCUUUCUACUCUAUAGAAACUGUGGAUAUCUCGCACGGACAGGAUUCUAUUAA